AUGGCGGUCACCAAAUCCACACCCUCCGACUCAAUCACAGUCCGCGACAACCGUACCGGUAAAACCAUCGAUAUCCCCAUAAACCACAACAGCAUCCCCGCCACGGCCUUCAAAUCGCUCGUAGCCCCUCAAGAUUCCAGAAACCCAUCUCAUAGGGAUGAAGACGACUUUGCCGCCGGUCUCAGAGUCUAUGAUCCCGCUUUUAUGAAUACCGCUGCGUUGAGCAGUAAGAUCACAUACAUCGAUGGCGAGAAAGGCACCUUGAUGCAUCGGGGGUAUCCUAUCGAACAACUCGCCGAAAAGUCUGAUUUCUUAGAAGUAGCCUACCUCCUAAUCUACGGCGAACUACCCAACAGACCACAAUCCGAACGUUGGCAAUGGGAAAUCAUGCACCACACUUUCCUUUCCGAUGAUCUAUCCCGCAUGAUGCAAGCCCACCGUUACGACGCCCAUCCCAUGGCGAUCUUCGCAUCUACUUUUAGCGCCAUGUCUGCUUUUUCACCGGAAGCCAAUCCGGCGUUACAAGGUCAGAACCUUUAUAUAAAUGAUAAGGCGGCGAUGAAUAAACAGAUUGUCAGGAUUUUGGGGAAAGCUACGACGGUGGCGGCGAAUGCUAUGAGGAUCAGGAUUAAUCGGCCGUUUGUGCUGCCAAGAUCGGAUUUGACUUAUACAGAGAAUAUGUUGUUCAUGAUGGAUCAUAUGAAUGAACCUAGCUCUUACGUUCCAGACCCUAGAUUGGCCAAAGCGCUCGAUGUUCUCUUCGUUCUUCAUGCCGAUCAUGAAAUGAACUGCUCAACCGCCGCAAUGACACACGUCGGUUCCUCCCUCGUCGAUCCCUACAGCGCCAUCGCCGCCGCCGCUUGCGCACUCUACGGACCUCUCCACGGUGGAGCGAACGAGGCCGUAAUCCGAAUGCUUCAGGGUAUUGGUAGCGUUGACAAAGUACCCGCGUUCAUUGAAGGGGUGAAGAACCGAAAGCAAUUGCUAUUCGGAUUCGGACAUAGAAUUUAUAAAAAUACGGACCCGAGGAGUAAGAUUAUUAGAGAGGUUGCGGAUACGGUGUUUGAAAUUAUUGGGGCGAAGGAACCGUUGAUCGAGGUUGCUAUUGCGUUGAAGGAUGCGGCGUUGAAUGAUCCUUGGUUCCAAGAAAAGAAGCUAUAUCCAAAUGUAGACUACUGGUCCGGAUUAGUCUACAAAGCCCUCGGAUUCCCAUUGGACUUCUUCCCAGUCCUCUUCGCGGUCCCAAGAGUCGCCGGAUGGAUCGCACAUUGGAAACAACAGAUCGAUUCGGGAACGAAUAAAAUCGCUAGACCUAGACAACUUUAUAUCGGAGAGAAGAGAAGGGAUUAUGUACCUUUGGACCAAAGGCAGGAUACCGGAGAACCAAAGGAUAGCAGAGUCGGGUUGAAGGAGUUGCCGCAUUAUAUGAGCAAGAGGAAACUCUUGCCGUCGGCGAAGUUGUGA